UUGUCUGUCCGGGAACGCGUUGAAGGCCAUCGCUCAUCUACAACUGAAGGAGGAACUCUACGACACAGCGCUGUCAAUCAUCAAGGAAGAAUACGGAAGUGUGUUUUCGGCACAGUACGCGUACGCCGCUGAUAUCAUCAAGACCUGCUCAACGAAGAACUUCAGGAUCCCAGAUAAGUGGCACGUAGUGGUUCCGUCUCUAUCACAAAGCAUCAAAGCUCUUCAAUCUUCUCUCGAGGGUGGUUUCGCUGGGGCCGCGAUCAUGAUUUUGCCAAUGGUCUUGGAUAACCUACCGAGCUCAGUCAGGGAUUCGUUUCUCCGAGUUCACGAGGUGUCGGAGACCGACGAGGCGGUUAAACAGUUGGAAGCUCUCCUCAAGUUUCUCAGCAAAGAGAGUAGGAUCAGUGCCAAGAGCAAGCCGGGGAACUUCAGCAGAAAAGAAGCCGGGGAUAAUCACGCGUUCUUUGGGAUACAGUCCGCAGGAGAUCACUCAUGCAUCUUCUGUAAUCUAAAUAAUCACUCGUCUGCCAAGUGUAAGAAAGUCUUGACUAACUACGAGAGGGCAGACACCGUGCGGAAUGCAAACGCGUGCGCGAAGUGCCUCCGGAGGAAUCACACAGCUGCAAAAUGCAGGAUAAAGACUAAGUGCAAGCACUGCAGCGGUGCGCACCAUUCGUUGCUCUGCGUAAAAGAGUGUAGUUCGAACGAUGGUCAGACGUCAACGAUGAUGAAUGUCACCGUAUUGGCAACCGGAACGGUCGCUCCCGAACCAGAAGCGAAAGCUCUCAAAGCUACAGUGGUCAAUAGGGAGCAACUCAUCAAUCACACGCUCGGUGGACGAGCGUCAGAAGUUAGGGAAUAUCUGUGUUAUAGGAUCAAUCUCACGAGCAGAUUUGCUCCUCAAGAAUCCAUUCCCGUCGAAUGCCUUGGCAUUCCAGUGAUCACGGACUCAAUCUUCCCUCCAGCUGAGCGGCUGGGCGGAAUCAGCGAAUUCGCAGAUCUCGUUGAGGAUCCCGAAUUCAAGGAGAUUGACAUCCUCCUCGGCACAGAUGACCUGGGUCAAAUAUGGCUCAACGAGUCGCGGUCGGAGGGACGGCUGAUGGCACUGAAAACAAGACUCGGGUGGUUCACCUUCGGAAGAAAGGCGCCGCUCAGUCCGUUCACCAACGUCGUGUGUGCACUCCAGUCGUCGGCGUCAACUCAACAGCAACAACAGUCACUGAAAUCCACCACCGAGGCUCGGGAAAACUCGAAAACAGAACGAGACAUUGAGUUCUUGUUCGAGACUGAGCUACUUGGGGUCGAACCGCCAGCAGAAAACGAAACUGCAGCAGAGAUGCAACGCCUGGAUGAGUUGUUCAAGGCAAACAUCUCGAGGAACAAAGAUGGGAGAUAUCGACUUAAGCUCAUCUUCAACGAAAAUCUCCAGUCGCUAGGCGACAAUGAAAAGAUUGCUAUCAACAGAUUGAACUCGCUCAUUUCGCGGAGUUCCAAAGAAGUUCUCGAGGCGAUCGACGAAGAGAUGGAGAAAUACAUCAAGGAGGGCUAUGCCGAGCUGGCUCCGAAACGGAAGCCGGGAGAAUUCGUGCAUUAUCUACCACUCCAGGUGGUCAAGAAACCCGACCAAGGGUCACCUAGGGGCUUCAAGUUGAGGAUUGUCAAGGAUGCAGGUUGUCGUUCGAAGGAUCUGGCUUCAUUAAACGACGUUCUGAUAACAGGAUACAACCUACUCCAGAACAUUCUCCUCGUGCUCACGAAAUUUCGAGAGUCUCCCAUUGCCGUCGUGGCGGAUGUGGAGAAAGCAUAUCAUCAGUUUGAAAUCGAUCGAUCACACCGAACGUUCCUCAGAUACUACUAUCGGCCCGGAGUCUCAAGAAACGCCGGAGCUCCUAUCAAGGAGUUCUGGUCGAAAAGAUUGGAUUUCGGGACUUCCGCUAGCCCAUGGUUAUACCAAGCAGGCCUCAAAUUCCAUCUGGAUGGCGAGAAGACUCGUCGGCCGUCUGAGACUGAGUUCAUCAAUGAGCUGCAGUUCUCAUGUUACAUGGAUGAUUUGAGUUUCGGUAGUGUUAACCAAGAGACAGCAUUAACAAAGAUACAACGAUGCGUCGAAAUUUUCCGAAGCGGGCACUUCCCGCUGAAGAAAUGGGCUACCAAUUCGGAAGAAGUGGCGGAAGGAAUGAGGCAAGCGUUCUCCGAUGAGACAGUGUCGAUUCGGAGCGCCGAACCAGACUUUCGAUUCCUGGGGAUACGCUGGUGUCAGGUUACGGACGCACUUGGUGUUUUCGUAACCAACGCCAACAGAUGUUUCAACGAUGCGAAACCGAGCAAGCGUUCGCUGCUCUCAGGGUUGGCUCAAAUCUACGAUCCUCUCGGAAUAAUCUGUCCGAUUUCGAUACAUGCCAGAGUGCUGUUUCAAAUGAUGUGGCAGGACAAAGUUCAAUGGGACGAUCGUCUCAACGCAAAACAUCGUGAGCUCUACGGAGAGUUCGUUCCGCAGCUCAAGUCUGCGGAUCGAAUCCUCGUUAGCCGAACAAACGCGAGGAUCGACAGACUCCCCAGGCGGACAGAAAUCCACGCGUUCUCUGAUGCGUCGAAAGUCGCUUACGGGGCGGUCAUAUAUCUCAAGGAGUUCUUCCAGGACGGCGAUCCGGAAAUCAAGUUCCUCAUGGCGAAAGCGAAGGUUGCGCCGAACAAGGCCAAUUGGAAUAUCCAUCGUUUGGAGCUGAUGGCAGCUCUAGUCAGCUGUCGCCUGGUUGAGAAGCUCAGACCGGCACUCGGAAACACAGUCAAAAGGACGGUUUACUGGGUGGAUAAUAGUGCUGUGGUCGGUUGGACGAGGGACAGGCCAUCGGAAUGGCGAACUUUCGUCGCCAACAGGAUCACCGAGAUCCAGAGGUUCUCAACGCCGGAUCAGUGGCGCUAUGUGGCCACGAAGUCCAACCCGGCUGAUUUGCUCAGCAGAGGCAACUCACUGGAGUCGAGGGAAAGUGUCGAGUUCUGGUUGAAUGGACCUUCGUGGCUAAAAGAGCAAAAGUUGCCGGACCCGAUCCGCAUUGGCAAAGAAGAAUUCGCGGAGGCAAUAGCAGAGGCAAAGCAUGGCAACGUCGCAGAAACAGACAUCCUGCAUGUCACGGCUUUGCCAAAGGUGUCGUCGUCUCUGCUCAAGGAGAAGCACUUUUCAUCGUGGCCGAAAGCGGUGAGAUCGCUGGCUUACGUCAGGAGGGUUUUCCAGAAAGCUCGCAAGAGGGAUUUGUCUAUGGACAUUCCCGUUCAGGUCGAGGAAUAUCUUGACGCAGAGAGAGCACUUAUAAGGGAUCUACAGCAAAUGGAUUUCCCGACAGAAGUCGCCAGUGGAGGGAGAAAGCUACCGAAAACGAGCAAGCUUUAUCUCUACAAUCCGAUGGUCGAUGAACAUGGAAUCCUACGUUGUAAGUCAGGAUUGAUCAAGUCCGGUGAUCUGUCGUUCGGUGAAAAAUAUCCGAUAAUCCUCGAUGGGCGGAACUAUUUCACGAAGUUGCUCAUAGCGUGGAUUCACAAAUCAAAAUGUCUCCACUCACCAGGAAUCACCACCAAUCUUCAUCAUAUCCGUGCGGAAUACCUCAUUCUGAGGGAGCGCUUGGUGGGCUGCAUAAAGCGUCCACUCCGGAAAAUCUUAGGAACGAAUAUACCAAGAUUUCGGGAGUUGGAAUCAAUCCUGUCGGAAAUCGAGCUGUGCGUCAAUCUGAGACCAAUAACAGCGCUUCCAUCCAGUGAGUGUGAGGUCAGAGCACUGUGCCCAGCGGAUCUGGUGAAUGGAUACAACGCAAGAGCCAGGUUCCCAGAUACUUCGAUGGUCAACUUGAAAGUCAGCGACCGGGACAUGCCGAUAAUUAUGUCGAAAGCGUGGAAACGCCAAGAGGCCGUCAUGAAGGCGUUCUGGAAAAGAUUCCGACUCGAGUACUUGGGUCAGUUGAGGAACGCAGUUGAAACCAAACCAACAUCUCCGAAUGAGCUCAAUGUGGGCGACGUGUGCCUGAUGGCAGACCCGAGUCCGUCGCGUGGGUUCUGGCCGCUCUGCAGAGUAGUCAACGUGUUCGGUGGCGAGAGAACAGAUCUCAGAAAACGAUCAUGCAUGGUCAUGAGAGGAGACAGGAAGAUUCUCAAGCGCCCAAUCCACUCAAUAUAUCCAUUGGGAAUUGGCCAAGCUGAAGAAGCCAGCAAUGUUCUAUAG